ACACAGAGCAUAAUGACUUCCCUGGUGUAUAAAAACUCAAUGAAGGCCAUCGGGAAAUUCGUACCCGAAAAAUUACAGCCUCUGUGGAAUCAUCCAGCUGGUCUUGGAGAUUUGCAACGACCGGCAGAUAAAAUAUCAAUGAGUCAGUCAGGUGCUCUUGGAGUUACGGGAGUGAUAUGGACCCGAUAUUCAUUGGCUAUCACACCGAAAAAUUGGAAUACCAGCAAGAGCAGAAAUCGAAACCGACAGAAUUACCGGCGAUCAAACAAUGAUAAAUAUAAAACAAACAUUCCACUAGAUAAAAUGUUGCAAGUUAGCACCAACAGGUUUCUUUUAUACAUUGCUCAAGGGAUAAUUAAAUCACGAUAA